GCUAACGACAGGCCCAGCUCUAGCCUCAGUUGUUCGUAAGCCUUGAACGCUGUGCCAUGGAUAUCGCUGGGGCUGGUAAAUUCAACGCCGGCGACAUUGUGUUUGCCGAGCAUUGCGGAUACAUACCAUGGCCGGGCAGGCUUAUUGAAAAGAAAAGGCACACUGGACUGAUUCAGUUUGUGUGCACCAACGAUCGCAAGAGGAUUAGCUACCGAAAGAUGUGGCCCUACAACUUUAGGCAAAAGAAAAUAUUUGUCACCAAGGAGGCCCUGGAGUAUGAGGAUUUCCGCGAGGCGAUAUUAAUGACCGAGCGCCUAAUGGGCCGCAACGACGAUGACAGUGUUCAUUAUGUGUGGCAAGUGAUGCAUCCAGGUGCUGAGCAUACGGCUAAAGAGCCAUCCACCAGCUCCGUGCCACCAGCAACCGGCCGCACUCAGCGGCAAAUCGAACUGGCCUACGUGCAAAAGGUGCGCAAGCAGAGCAGCUCUCUGCGUGUGGAGACCCAGUUUGUGGACGAGAUCAACACGUUGCGCCGAUGCCUGACCAUCAACUACAAGAACUACGAGGCUGCGCAUGCGGCCUUCCAGCAGCUCCUCAAGAUGCCCGUCAGCCAGCUGCUGCUGGUGCGCAACUUCGAGGCCGUGAACUCCAUUCGCCAGCUGUGCCGCUUCACACCGACCACGGAGCCCCAGACGGGCAAUGGGGAUGCCGCCAGUGUGGUCAGGAGCCAGGCCAACAAGCUAAUGAGUCGCUUCGUCUCCUGUUUCAAGCUGCCGUACACCAAGCCCGACUUCUGGUCCGAGUUCAUCUGGCUGUCCGACUCCUACAUGCGCUAUACCGUCGACUUUUUCCCCAACUGGCGCUGCUGACAUCAGAUUAACUAUAAGCGGCAUACAAUUUAAUCGAAUUUCAGCAGAGCUAAAUAUAUAAAUAAACAUAUUAAAUAGUUGUUAGCUUUUAUGACCAGUUGUAGCGUUGAAUAAAGACAA